AUGACGUGCUUAUAUAAGCUUGGAGUGGGCGACGGAAGAGGCUUUGCUAGGCUCAAUAGGGCACUCAUCACGCUCAUUCCUAAGAAGCCAGAUGCGAUGGAGAUUUCUGAUUUCAGGCCAAUAAGCCUAGUUCACAGUUUCGCGAAGCUUUUCUCUAAACUGGUGGCCAAUCGCCUUCGGCUGAGACUUGGAGAUGUGGUGAGCGCUAAUCAGUCAGCGUUUAUUAGAGGAAGAUGUCUCCACGACAACUUCAUGCUCGUCAGGCAGGUGGCGAGGAGGAUCAAUACCCGGAGACAGACGGGGCUCCUGCUCAAGUUAGAUCUUUCUAGGGCCUUCGACACCAUGUCUUGGAGUUUCCUUUUUGAAGUGCUCCGUCACAUGGGCUUUGGAGACCUGUUCUUGCGUUGGAUUGGCAUUUUGCUGCAGACCGCCAACACCAGAGUCACGGUUAAUGGAGUGCCAGGCAGAAGAUUCAGGCAUAACAGAGGUUUAAGGCAGGGCGAUCCCACCUCGCCCAUGAUGUUCGUCAUUGGUAUGGAAGUGUUAACUGCGUUGGUAAUCAAAGCCACAGAGGACAAUCUCUUAAGUGGUCUGGCUGGAACCACGGCGCUACAGAGAGUCUCUAUCUACGCUGACGAUGUUGUGCUCUUUUGCAAACCGGUGGAGGAGGAACUCGCUACGAUCAGACAAAUCAUGGAGGCUUUCGGGGAAGCGUCGGGCCUUAGGGUGAACUAUAUGAAGACUACGGCCACUAUGAUCAGAGGGUCCGAUGAGGAGCUAAACAGAGCCAAAGCCAUCAUUGGCUAUAGAAGCCAAGACUUCCCGAUCAAGAAGAAUUCGAGGACUGUGGCGGACACGCUCCUUGAUAACAGUUGGCUUCGUGACCUUGGUCCGGAGCUGUCAGUUGAAGGCUGGGCACAAUGCAUCAGGCUUUGGGAUGAGAUCGAGCUAGUUGACAGGGAUGCUAGCAGGCCGGACAGAUUCACCUGGCCUGGAUCGAUCAAGGGUGUCUACUCAGCCAAGGACACCUACAGGAUGCUAUGUUUGGGGCAGGAAGAGUUCAGCAUGUAUAAACCCAUCUGGCACUCAUUCGCACCACCAAAAUGCAAAAAUUUUGUGUGGCUUGCUUUGAGAUAUCGUCUUUGGACUUCAGAUAGAAGGCACAGACAUGGAUUGCAAGAUCGAUCGGCGGCUUGUUACUGGUGCCUUCAGGAUGAGGACAACCUGGAUCACGUGCUCAUGCGCUGCUCGUAUGCUCGUCAGGUGUGGUUCGGUUGUAUCACGGCUGCAGGGCUGAACAUUGUGGAGCCUAACAGGGAUAGUUCUUUGGAGUCUUGGUGGUCUUCGGCAAGAGAUCUGGUGAGGAGAAGGGAUAGAAACAGUUUCGACACGCUGGUGAUCCUCAUCGCGUGGCAGAUCUGGAAACAACGCAACGCUAGAGUGUUUGGAAACACUAACCUGCAAUUCUCUACCGCCCAGAUGUUGAUUUAUAUCAAGGAGGAGUUUGGCCUUUGGAAGCUUGCCAAAAGAGGAGAGGAGUACCAAUUUGCGAGAGAAUAG